ACUGUUUCUGGACCUGCAAGGGGCACUAUUGAUGUUCGCUACAUUGGUGUCAGAAGUGGGACGCUGUCAAUAAAUAAUGGGUUAUUUUUUUCCACAAGGGAUACCACCGGAAUGGACAGAGAUUCCUGAGGCCAGUCCUUCUCAUCUGUGUGCACUCAAAGUUGCUCUCCUGCCUGAAGACUGGGGGGGCUAUUCGGCUGAACAUAAGUUAGGUCAUCAACAUAUACAAUAGGGAAAGCUUAUAUAAAUUAAAUGCAUGAUAUAAAUCGAUUUGGUGAAUUUACAGUGAUGCAUGUAAUAGCAACACAUCAUAAUGUUUGCAGAAAGCAUUCACAAUCUCACAUGAACUUGGACCCAUAUAAAUGGCAAUACAUACCGCUGUCGUUAUGAACCACCUUUGGGAGAAGUUGACCUCAGUGUUCUCGAACAGGUGGGACUACUAUAGCCUAUUCCUUUACAGCAAACUUAAAAUCACAAUCAUUAGCUGUAUUGCUGAAUAAUUGGAAUAGUGAAAGGUCUAUUUGCAAAUGUCUAACUCUCUGUAUUAUGUUCAGGUAAAACUCAUUGAGAUAAUUUCUCUUUUUCAUUCAGCUGUGGUUCUAUCACCUUGCACCUGCAGAGCCAGGUAUCCAGCCAAUCAUCACUGCUUACAAUCUCCCGCCACCGGCGGUAGGUGAAUAUUCAAAGAAUACGACAUGCAAUGAAUGUACCAUAUGGUACGUUUUUUUUAAAGUAUUAUUAUUAUAUUUUUUUAUUCCUCUGUCAAUUUAAUGGUGAUAUUCAUUUUUUUAAUUUAUUAUAAUAACAUAAAUAAUUAGCAUAUACUGAUAGAAUUUACACUACACUGAACAAAAAUAUAAACGCAACAUGCAACAAUUUCAAAGAUUUUACUGAGUUACAGUUCAUGUAAGGAAAUCUGUCAAUUGAAAUAAAUUCAUUAGGCCCUAAUCUAUGGAUUUCACAUGAUUGGGAAUACAGAUAUGCAUCUGUUGGUCACAGAUACCUUAAAAAAAAGGGAUAGACAUGGAUCAGGAAACCAAUCAGUAUCUGGUGUGACCACCAUUUGCCUCAUGCAGUGCGACACAUCUCCUUCGCAUAGAGUUGAUCAGGCUGUUGAUUGUGGCCUGUGGAAUGUUGUCCCACUCCUCUUCAAUGGCUGUGCGAAGUUGCUGGAUAUUGGUGGGAACUGGAACACGCUGUCGUCCACGUCGAUCCAGAUCAUCCCAAACAUGCUCAAUGGGUGACAUGUCUGGUGAGUAUUGAGGCCAUGGAAGAAGUGGGACAUUUUAAGCUUCCAGGAAUUGUGCACAGAUCCUUCCGUCAUGGGACCGUGCAUUAUCAUGCUGAAACAUGAGGUGAUGGCGGCAGACGAAUGGCACGACAAUGGGCCUCAGGGUCUCAUCACGGUAUCUCUGUGCAUUCAAAUCAAAUCAAAUCAAAUGUCAUUUGUCACAUACACAUGGUUAGCAGAUGUUAAUGCGAGUGUAGCGAAAUGCUUGUGCUUCUAGUUCCGACAAUGCAGUAAUAACCAACAAGUAAUCUAACCUAACAAUUCCACAACUACUACCUUAUACACACAAGUGUAAAGGGAUAAAGAAUAUGUACAUAAAGAUAUAUGAAUGAGUGAUGGUACAGAACGGCAUAGGCAAGAUGCAGUAGAUGGUAUAGAGUACAGUAUAUACAUAUGAGAUGAGUAAUGUAGGGUAUGUAAACAUAAAGUGGCAUAGUUUAAAGUGGCUAGUGAUACAUGUAUUACAUAAAGAUGGCAAGAUGCAGUAGAUGAUAUAGAGUACAGUAUAUGCAUAUACAUAUGAGAUGAGUAAUGUAAGGUAUGUAAACAUUAUAUUAAGUGGCAUUGUUUAAAGUGGCUAGUGGUACAUUUUUACAUAAUUUCCAUCAAUUCCCAUUAUUAAAGUGGCUGGAGUUGAGUCAGUAUGUUGGCAGCGGCCACUAAAUGUUAGUGGUGGCUGUUUAACAGUCUGAUGGCCUUGAGAUAAAAGCUGUUUUUCAGUCUCUCGGUCCCUGCUUUGAUGCACCUGUACUGACCUCGCCUUCUGGAUGAUAGCGGGGUGAACAGGCAGUGGCUUGGGUGGUUGUUGUCCUUGAUGAUCUUUAUGGCCUUCCUGUGACAUCGGGUGGUGUAGGUGUCCUGGAGGACAGGUAGUUUGCCCCCGGUGAUGCGUUGUGCAGGAACGCGAAGCGAGGCGGCCAUCUCGGUCGGCGCCGGAAGUAGUGAGUUGCCAUCGAUAAAAUGCAAUUGUGGUUGUUGUCCGUAGCUUAUGCCUGCCCAUACCAUAACCCCAAUGUUGACAUUAGCAAACCGGUCACACACAUGACUCCAUACACAAGGUCUGCCAUCUGCCCAGUACAGUUGAAACCGGGAUUCACUCCUCCAGUGUGCCAGUGGCCAUCGAAGGUGAGCAUUUGCCCACGGAAGUCGAUUAUGACGCCGAACUGCAGUCAGGUCAAGACCCUAGUGAGGACGACGAGCAUGCAGAUGAGCUUCCCUGAGACAAUUUCUGGUUGUGCAAACCCAAAGGUUUCUUCAGCUGUCUGGGUGGCAAAAUUGAUUUGACAUAAACUGUGUUCCCUUUUAUUGUGCCUUUCCAAGUGGAUCAAGAGGAAGAGUCUUUCCACAAGAUUGAUGACGAGGGAAAACCAGCAAGCCUUCUAAUAGUCAGUCUUGGAUACUUAGCUGGUGGCACUGGUGGCCUGCUCUCUCUGUGUAUGUUUGUUUCAAAGUUACCUACCACCUCUCUUAUGUUCUUUGUUUUAUAGUAAAAUUCCCACUUCACUAAGCUGCCCAAGGCCUUCGAGGUACUUGUUUUCAGUGCUCGUGGUGUACCCUGCAGAAAACCAUGUCUUCCAAAGAGCUUUGCUAGCUUUCGCUGAGUGGCAUGGUGUCUUAAAUUGGACACGGUUGCCCCCCUGUGGCUAAAUAUGGAAGUCAAGUCUGUAACACAUCCCUCUCUUCCAGCCUUGCUUUCCUCCAAAGCAGUGCCCAAACAAACUGACAGGCAACAACUUUGUUUUGAGAAAUUCUUCAAGAAUUCUAAACCAGGUUAAGCAUGUUUAUAAGGUACCUCUGUAUACACCCUGAUAUGCUUAAUCCGUCUUUUGUUCCUUCUAGGUCUGAUAAGGUGUUUGUUGAGUGGAAGGAGAAGGGACUGGCCACAAUUGAAGACGUAUAUAUAGAUAAGCAAUUAGCAUCAUUCAUCCAAUUAAAGAAUACAUUCAAACUCUCAAUCAUAUUUUAUGUUAUUUACCAUUCAGACACUAUAUCAAAGGGACAUUUCAAAAUGUUGAUACCCUCCCUGUACAACAUUCGUUUUGGUCCGCUACAGCACCCUAGCAACUCAAAACACCUCAUCUCACAGUUUGUCUCCAACUAUACUAGUCAUCUCAAGGAGACCUGGGGUAAAGAGUUCAGUAUUGAGAUCUCAGAUGAUCUAUGGGGAGAAGCCCUGUCUAGAAUUCACUCCUGUUCAAUCAAUGAAAAUAUAAAUUAAUACAAUACAAAGUCAUGCAUAGACUUCAUUACUCCAAAACCAAAUUACAUAGAAUUUACCCCCAGAUAUCCCCACUGUGUGACAAAUGUGAAGCUUCAGAGGAUUCAUUUACUCAUCUUUUUUGUCUCUGCCCCCUAAAUAGUAAUUUUUGGUGGAACAUCUUUGAUUGGUAUUCAAAGGUAUAUGAGAAGGCCAUUGAACCUGACCCAGAACUCGCUCUCUUUUGCUGCUCAGUCUGUUCUAAGAUCGUCCUGUGAGGAACAACAGGCUCUGAUGUUUGGAAUGGAGGCUGCAAAAAAAAUUAUCCUCACAGAAUGGAAGUUAGCUAUCCCCCUUGCUUCCGUAGAUGGCAAGCAGAAAAGAUGAACAUCGAACAUUAAAAAUAAAUAAAAAAUCAGGACUAACUCAUCCAGAAAAUUUCAAGAUUUGGGGUCCGUUUCCUGACUUUCUGGACUGAUUGUGAUCACUGAUUAGGAACGCUUAUUUUUUGUUGUAACUGUCAUAGUGUUCUUCUAUUCUUGUCCCAUGUCUUGCUUAGGCAAUACUUCACUUCAUAUCUCUGGUAGCUGUUUUUGUUUGUUAUUUUUGUUUUGUACUAAAUUGUAAAAGAAAAUAAUUUGAAAGAAAAUGCAUUCGGAUAUAUAGCUUUUUUUCUGUUUAUUUAAGGUAUCACGGUUGACAGUGCAUGUCAGAGCAAAAACCAAGCCAUGAGGUAGAAGGAAUACUUUCUGAAGGCACUGUAAUUAUCGUAUCCCUUUACUACUGGUCUGUAGGAUGCCUUGCACGGUAGUAAACCCCCGCGGAAGUAGCAUUGGAGGCGACUUUGUCAAAUAUAUCUAUAACUAACCCAAGAUAGUUCAUCUGUGUCGUUUAGUGGGUGCAAAUGAAGCAUAGUGGAAAGAACAAGCAAGUAGGUGGAUAAAGCCAAGCACAAGCUAGCGAGAUUCUAUUGGCGUGUUGUAGAACGUUUUAGGGAACGCCUCCUCUGUGAAGUGCGCCUGUGCACAAACCCAUUCGGUCUGUAUUGAUGUUGCAUGUAAUUGUGUGGACUAAAGAAGGACAUAGCCUACUGUCUGAACUAAAUUACCUACCUAACUCACAUUCGACUGAAAAUGUAUCAACUACAGUUAUUGCGUGUGUUUUUAAAUGAGCGUUUAACCGCGGCUGCUGUGGAGAUUUUCGGGGCAGUUGAGAAAACUGUAGUGGAGUACCAGGAGGAAAAUGAUCGCCUACGGAGAUUGCUGUGGACCACGCCAGAGAUAAAACAAUGUAGAAUAGACUCCCUGCAGCUCUCUCUCGCUGUCUCUGAAGAAGAGGUUCCCUCUGAGCAGCAGCACUGUGAGCAGGAGGGGAGCCCCAGUCUGGGGCAGGAGGACCCUGAGCCCACACAGAUUAAAGAGGAACAGGAGGAAGUCAGGACCAGUCAGGAGGAAGAGCAGCUUCAAGGGCUGGAGGCUGAUAUCAUAGAGUUCCAAUUCACUCCUUCCUGUGUGAAAAGUGAAUGUGAUCAGGAGGACCCACUUUGGUCCUUGACUCUUCCCCAAACCCAGACUGUGGAGAACAGAGAGCGUGACUCUAUACCAGUGGAUCUCAAACCUUUUGGCACAGUGACUCACCUAAAGAGUCUCGCCAUUCCCCGUAACCCUCCAGAUAAUGAUAACAAUACCUCCAGCCACAGCUCAGCCAUAAGCAGAGACCCAGUAGGACUUGACAGCAGCCCACCAUUGGAUCCCCACCCACCACUGGAGAAACUUUCUUCCAAACCCAACAUGACGUCUAGAAAAACUCACCGCUGCUGUGACUGUGGUGAAAUGUUUGCUCCAAAGGCUGACCUGCUGAGGCAUGUAACUCUAAACAAGAAGAGACCCAGCGAAUGCUGCUUCUGCAAAACCUGUACACUGAAGGCCCAUGUCCGACUCUGUCACAUGGAGAAACCCUGCACCUGCCCUGAUUGUGGCAAGUCAUUCAAAUACAAAGGAGAUCUGUCCAGGCACAUGAGGAUUCACACAGGAGAGAAAUAUUUUAGCUGUGGUGACUGUGGGAAAAGUUUCAGUCUCAAGGGGAACCUAAUGAAGCAUAAACUGACUCACACGGGAGCAAAACCAUUUAGCUGUGGUGACUGUGGGAAGAGCUUCAAUCGAAAGGAGAACCUAACCAUGCACAUACGUACUCACACAGGAGAGAAGCCAUUUAGCUGUGUUGACUGUGGGAAAAGCUUCAGUCUCAAGGGGAACCUAAUGAAGCAUAAACUGACUCACACGGGAGCAAAACCAUUUAGCUGUGGUGACUGUGGGAAAAGCUUCACUGUCAAGGGGAACCUAACCACGCACAAGCUGACUCACACAGGGGAAAAACCAUUUACCUGUGGUGACUGUGGGAAGAGCUUCAAUCGCAAGAAAACCCUAACCAUGCAUAUACGUACUCACACAGGGGAGAAAUCAUUUAGCUUUAGUGACUGGGAAAAGCUUCAGCGUCAAGAGGAACCUAAUUGUGCACAAACGGACUCACACAGGGGAGAAACCAUUUAGCUGUGGUGACUGUGAGUAAAGCUUCGGUCAGAAAGGGGACCUAGAGGCUCAUACUGACUCAAAGAAGUAAUAAACACUUUUAAUGUGAUGACUGCAGGAAAUAUUGAGUGUCAAGGGGAAUCUAACCACUCAUAAACUGACAAAGGAGUGAAACAACAUGGCUGCUCAGUCUGUGGUAAAAUGUUCACGCAUAAGGCUUCUCUGCUGAAGCACGUCCACAAAGAAAGAAAAUAGGAUGAAAACUGAAAGACAAAUGUAAUUAGGACAUAGAGAUCUGUCAGUAGAUGGGAAUAAAAAGGCAGGAUGUGGACAACACUUUUAGGAAAAGCAAAGCAACUCUGGAUCAUUAAUGCUGUGGGUUUCAGAUAAAUAAACCUAUAAUGGAUACUUUUGUAAUACGUAUGUAAAUAACAUUUUGAUUUAACUUGAAUGAUGACUGAAAGUGUGUGGAGACAUUUUCCUCCCAGCACCUUCACUAAUCUAUUUUGGGUGUGCGGUAGAUUCUGCCUAUUAUCUACAUGGAAUUUUCAUCACAUGUAAAAUAUAUAGAAUAAUAAAAUAAGAUUUUAAAAUAUAUUUUUUUGAAGGACUUAACUAUAAAACAUGAUCCUAAAUAUAACACAUCAAUUUAGUGGAUACCAUUGGUGUUUAAUAUGAAGCUUUCAGCAUGAAAUAUAUUUUAUCUUUUUACUUUUAUUUAUUUUACUAUGUCUUUGUUUUAAAUGUUUUAGCGCAGUUGUGAAAAAAGUCAAUAGUUGGAAGAGUUGCAGAGGGAAUUGAAAAUAAGGCCAUUGUUAAUGAAUGCUUUUUGUUGGUAUUAAUUAGGCUAUUUUCUCUUGAAACAUAUGGUCUCUCUACUAGAAACUCAUGGACAAUAUGGAUGAAAAAAAAAAAAAGUAAUACUUUAUAUGAUUAGAAUUUUUAAGUUAUUCAAAGUCAACUUUAUUCAAGUAUAAAUUACAAUAGAUUGCCAUAGAUUACCUGUUAAUUACCAAAAAUUAUGGUAACGCUGGUAAUUUACCGGUAGUUUUACAUCCCAAGGCCAGACUGCUGUUAUUGAUACAUUAAAUAUAUACUUUCCAGAAAAGAGCUCCUUCCAUUUGUCCAAGACUAUUUCUCAUCCAUUUUGACCUAAUGCUGCUCAUUCAUGAUAUUGUUUAAUCUCGUACAGAGUAAUGAUAUAGAGUCGACUCAUGAUGAAUAAUUGAUUCUCCCAGAUCAUCCUAUACUUAUGAUAACUGGGUCGUUCCACGAAUAGAGUACAACAUGAAGAGGGUACAACAAAACCUAUUCCUCUCUGGAGACUGAAAAGAUUUGGCAUGGGUCCUCAGAUCCUCAAAAGGUUCUACAGCUGCACUAUCGAGAGCAUCCUGACGGGUUGCAUCACUGCCUGGUAUGGCAACUGCUCGGCCUCCGACCGCAAGGCACUACAGAGGGUUGUGCGUAUGAAGUGGUCUGUGAUCACCACCUGCAGAAUCACUCCUUUUUUGGGGGUGUCUUGAUAAUUGCCUAUAAUUUCCACCUUUUGUCUAUUCCAUUUGCACAACAGCAUGUGAAAUUUAUUGUCAAUCAGUGUUGCUUCCUAAGUGGACAGUUUAAUUUCACAGAAGUGUGAUUGACUUGGAGUUACAUUGUGUUGUUUAACAUUU